CAUCUCCAUUUCCAUUUCAUAGCCAGAGCGGCAAACCCUGACCAUUUUCCGGACGGAGAGACGGCUCUACCGCCGCCGGCCAUGGAAGAAGCAAUCUACCAGAUAGUUACAGAGCUCGAAGUACACCGCAACGACCUUCAUUCGCAGACUCCUAUUUCCGAAUCAGCCCUAUUAGCCCUUCAAACCCUCUUAGAUUACACACUUGACAAAGAUGAUCCAAUCGAAAUCGAAAAUCUCUCCGAUGAACUCUCCUCGAAGAACCUCUCCCUCGCUUCCUCCCUCCUCCAGCCUCUCACCUCUGCAAUGGACUCUGGCGUACCCCAUCACUCUCUCCUCGCUUCCAAGGUUUACCUAUCCCUCCUCCUUACCCCUAACUUCCCUGUUUUAUCCCUCUUUACACCCAUGGCUUUCCUCUCUCUACUCCGCACUGUCCGUCGCUCUUUCAAGAAUACUCAAUCGGGUCCACCAUCUGCUAAUGUCGCUAAGAAAAAGAGGGGAGGAAGGGGCGGGGGCAGGUCGAAGAACACCAGUAAGAAUGUCGAAGAAGAGGGCGAGGAGGAUAGAGAACCAGUAAGAGAAUUUGAUGUUAGGACUUUGUUUCCUGUUCUCGAAAGGUUACAUCUCGUUCUGCGUUUGAUUCAUUUAGGUAGGUUUCCUGAUAGUUUGAAGGCCUUGGUUCAAACAGUGGCUGAGAUUCCAGUAACUGCACUUGAAUCUUGUGGAAAUUCAGCAAAUUACACCAAAUUAUGCAACUUGUGUUCACAGAUUUUGAGCGAACUGUUGAAAUCUGAGCAUGGAGAUAAAUCUAUUACUGCAGCUGAGGUAUUAAAGUCUCUUUCCUCUUCAAUUCUCUUGUCAAAAUCACAGGCAAGGACCUUUUCAUUAGCAUUUGUAGUGAACAAGAUGGCUGUAAUGGCAAAGGAUUCAGACGAGAUUCGAAAAGCCAUGGUUAAUCUUCCAAAGUAUUUGGUUAGUAAAGCUCCCGAGAAAUCUGAACCUCGAGCUUUAGCUGUGGAUUCAAUACUGGAAAUCGUUAAAUCUUUAGAACAUAAAGAACAAAUGGAGUUUGCAGAUUAUGUAGUGAAAAUGACUAUUGGGAAACCACAACUUAGACUACUGGCAGUUGAUCUUAUUCCUAUUUUGAUAACUACAUUAAAUAAUCCAUUAGGGACCAGUUCUGAAAAUAAUGAUCCAUUAGACACCAGUUCAGAAAAUGGUGAACCAGUAGCGACCAGUUCAGAAAAUGGUGAACCAGUAGCGACCAGUUCAGAAAAUGGUGAACCAGUAGUGACCAGUUCAGAAAAUGGUGAUCCAGUAGUGACCAGUUCAGAAAAAAAGCAUGAGAGUUCUUGGGGAUUCAGGUGUCUGCAAGCACUAUUACAAAGAUGUUCAGAUUCAGUUGCAGGAAUUAGGGCACGUGCACUCACUAAUUUGGCACAAUUAGUUGGGGUUUUAUCAGGGAAUGAUGAGAGCAAGAAAGGGUUGAUGAAAGUAAUGGGAUUUGGUGAAUAUGGUGGGAUUAAUGAUGUUUUGAGGGAACGUUGUGUUGAUGAGAAAGCAGCUGUUAGGAAGUCAGCACUUGUUCUAAUGUCAAAGCUAACAGUUCUUCAAGGUGAAGGUGGUGGAUUUGAUGAAAUGUUGUUAAAGAUUAUGGGCAUAGCUUGUUCUGAUCAACUUGUGAGCAUAAGAAAGGCUGCAAUUUCUGCUCUUUCAGAGACAUUCAGGAAGUUUCAUGAUGAUAAUGUGACAAAGGAGUGGUUACAUUCUGUCCCACGUUUGAUAACAGACAAUGAAACAAGCAUCCAAGAAGAAUGUGAGAAUUUGUUUCUAGAACUUGUGUUGGAUCGGAUUUCACGUGCAGGAUCUAAUCUUGAUGGAAGAUCAGAAAAGAAUCAAAAUCUGUUAUUUUCUGAUGGAGUUUUAGGUCUAUUGAAAGAAAUCUGUCACAGUGAAGUGACUCCAUGGGUCAAAAAGAUAUGCACAAAUCUUGGAAAAAAGAAGAAACUUAAACCCAAGAUUGCAGUUUCACUUCAAAACAUCAUUAAAAAGUCAGAGUCUAUGUGGUUGACCGAUUCCAAACCAAUAAGUAAGUGGACAGCGCCAGCUGGCACAUGGUUUUUGUUAUCUGAGGUGUCUGGAUUUCUCUUGAAAGCAGUGGAUUGGGAGUUUCUUUAUCACCAUUGGCAGCUUCUUGAUAAACAUGAAGAAGCUUCUCAUAGCCCACAUGAAGAACAAGAGUUUGUUGAACUUGAACAAGUGGAAGGCGUUGAAUCCAGUUCUGUUGAUUGGGCUGGAGAUCGUGUGUAUCUUCUGCAAACAAUUUCUAAUGUUUCUGUUGAAUUGCCUGCUGAACCUGCUGCAGAUUUGGCCCAUAAUUUGCUUAAAAGAAUCGAGGACUUCAGCAUGCAUUCUAUGGAGGUUACUGCUCAUGUAAAAGCACUGAGAACAUUAUGCAAACAAAAGGCUAAAACACCCGAAGAGGCUGAUUCCCUUGUAAUCAAAUGGGUCCACCAACUACUUUCAAAAGCUUCAAAAACUCUUGAAACAUAUUUAACAAAAGAAUCAGAAAUAAACAAAGGUAGCACCUUACUUACACCUCCAACCAGGACUAAGGGUAACAACAAGAACAAAUCAUCAACAACCAUGUCAAGAUUACUAUCGCAAGCUGUUACUGCUGUUUACACCAUUGGAUCACUUGUCAUUAUUUGCCCUUUAGCUGAUUUGAAAUCCAUUGUUCCCAUUUUACAUAAUAUUAUCACAUCUGGCAUUUCUGACCCAAAACUUAAAAAGUUAGCAAGUACGUCACUUUCUGUGAAACAAGUAGCCCCUUCUUUGUACACUCAAGCUUGGUUAACAAUGGGGAAGAUUUGUCUUGCUGAUGGGAAACUUGCAAAGAGAUAUAUACCACUGUUUGUACAGGAGAUGGAAAAGAGCAACAGUGCAGCCCUUCGAAACAAUAUUGUUGUAAUGAUGGCGGAUUUUUGUGUAAGAUAUACUGCUUUGGUUGAUUGUUAUAUACCAAACAUCACCAAAUGUCUUCGUGAUCCUUGUGAACUAGUUAGAAGACAGACAUUCACACUUCUAUCAAGGUUAUUACAGCGUGAUUAUGUGAAGUGGAGAGGUGUCCUUUUUCUUCGAUUUCUUUUAUCACUUGUUGAUGAAUCAGAGAAAAUAAGACAACUUGCUGAUUUUCUUUUUGGGAAUAUAUUAAAAGUGAAGGCGCCACUUUUAGCUUAUAACAGCUUUGUUGAAGCCGUCUUUGUUCUAAAUGACUGUAAUGCCCAUACUGGGCAAGCCAAUUCCGGGAGUUCCUCGAAAGAAAACCGUCUUUUUUCUAUCAGGGGAAAUGAUGAGAAUUCGAGGAGUCGAAGAAUGCACAUAUAUGUCUCCCUGUUGAAACAAAUGGCUCCAGAGCAUCUUUUGGCUACAUUUGCAAAAGUUUGUGCAGAAAUUUUAGCUUCUGCAUCUGAUGGAAUGCUCAAGAUCGAUGAUGUUACAAGUCAAUCUGUUUUACAGGAUGCGUUUCAGAUUCUCUCCUGUAAAGAAAUCAAAAUCCCGACAAACAAAGGUCCAGCAGUGGAAUCAACAGAAAUGGAAGAAGAAGCCACCGGAGAAAACGCCGUGAGAGGACGAGUGAUAACACAAGUCGUGAAAAAGGGAUUAAUUCAAAACACAAUCCCGAUCUUCAUAGAACUAAAACGUCUUCUCGAGAGCAAAAACAGCCCUCUUUCAGGAUCCCUAAUGGAAUGCCUCAGAACCCUUCUCAAAGACUACAAAAACGAGAUCGAUGAGAUGCUCGUUGCCGAUAAACAACUCCAGAAAGAGCUAAUUUACGAUAUACAGAAAUACGAAUCAAUGAAGGCGAAAUCCACGGCGGCUGAAGCUGUUGGGAAGGGCGUGAAUGGAAAUAGCGUGAUUGCGACCUCGAAAGUGACGUCAGCGGUGGCUGGUGCGUUGGCGGAGAUGACGGCUAGGUCUGUGCUUAGGGAUGUGAACCAGGGUGCAGGGACACCGUCGCUUAGUGCCAUGAAUGUGCCGAAGCUUAAGUCGACUACAGCGGGUGUGAGCAAGCACAAGGGGAAGUCAGCGGCGGUGCUUGAGUCUUUGAGGAGAAGACAGUCUUUUGAACUGGACGAAUGAGAGAGAGAGAGAGAGAGAGAGAGAGAGGUUUAUCUAGUGUUUUUUAUUAGGAAGAUAAGUUGUUUAAGUUGUAUAUGGGUUGUAGACUAGAGAUGUACGUAUCAGUUUGUUCACAAGUUUAAGCCUUACUUUUUAGAAUGUACUUUACACUAACCGAUCGUAUUUGCUCUCUUUUAGUUCUAUAUUUUCGACCAUGAUUGGUAAGUCAUUUAUCAGAAA